GUUCAAUCUUUUACUCUGUUAAAACCCCAAAUUUUUGAUUUCUUGUAACUUCUUUAGGAAUUGAAGUCCAAAAAAUUCAAUCUUGUCGAAUAAACGGUAGAAAUGGGUGGUUGUUUUAGCAAGAAAUAUACCCAAGAAGGUGCUAAUGUGUAUGGAAGAAGAAGUGUUAAUCAAGAAUAUCAAAAAUCACCACAACCCCAGCCAGAAAGACCAUGUCAGCCACCGCCACAGCCAAAGCCGCAACCUCAGCCCCAGCAACAGGCACGCCCUGUUACCGUGCAGCCCCAAGACCAAAUGCAAGGAACCAAUUUGAAUAACAUAUUAGGAAAGCCUUUCGACGAUAUUAGAAGGAUCUACACACUUGGGAAAGAGUUGGGUAGGGGUCAGUUUGGAGUAACUUACUAUUGUACCGAGAAUUCAACUGGGAAUCCUUAUGCUUGUAAGUCCAUACUUAAGAGGAAACUUGUUAGUAAGAAUGAUAGGGAGGAUAUGAAGAGGGAAAUUCAAAUUAUGCAGCAUUUGAGCGGGCAGCCAAACAUUGUGGAAUUCAAGGGUGCUUAUGAAGAUAGGCAAUCGGUCCACCUCGUGAUGGAACUUUGUGCUGGAGGAGAGUUGUUUGACAGGAUUAUAGCUCGGGGAUAUUAUUCGGAGAAGGAUGCUGCUGAGAUUAUUAGACAGAUUGUAAAUGUUGUUAACAUUUGCCAUUUUAUGGGUGUUAUGCAUAGGGAUCUUAAGCCUGAGAAUUUCUUGCUGACUAGUAAGGUUGAAAAUGCUAUGCUUAAGGCAACUGAUUUUGGACUUUCUGUCUUCAUUGAAGAAGGGAAGGUGUACCGUGAUAUAGUUGGUAGUGCAUAUUAUGUUGCUCCUGAAGUAUUGCGGCGUAGUUAUGGGAAGGAAGUAGAUGUCUGGAGUGCAGGUGUUAUUUUGUAUAUUCUACUCAGUGGUGUGCCUCCAUUUUGGGCUGAAACUGAAAAGGGAAUAUUUAAUGCCAUCCUAAAAGGAGAAAUCGACUUUCAAAGUGAUCCAUGGCCAUCUAUAUCAAAUAGUGCCAAGGACCUUAUUCGAAAAAUGCUAACUCAGGAGCCAAAGAAGAGAAUUACUUCGGCGCAAGUUCUUGAACAUCCAUGGCUUCGACUUGGAGAAGCAUCAGACAAGCCAAUAGACAGUGCAGUACUGUCCAGAAUGAAGCAGUUCAGAGCAAUGAACAAGCUGAAAAAACUUGCAUUGAAGGUCAUUGCGGAAAAUUUAUCUGAAGAAGAAAUCAAGGGUCUGAAAGCUAUGUUUGACAACAUCGAUACAGACAAUAGUGGUACAAUCACUUAUGAAGAAUUGAAGUCGGGAUUGGCUCGACUUGGAUCAAAGCUAACUGAGACUGAAGUCAAGCAACUCAUGGAAGCUGCUGAUGUGGAUGGAAAUGGAACAAUCGACUACAUUGAGUUUAUUACCGCAACAAUGCAUAGACAUCGGCUUGAAAGGGAUGAACAUCUCUUUAAAGCUUUUCAGCAUUUUGACAAGGACCAUAGCGGCUUCAUCACGAGAGAUGAAUUGGAAAACGCUAUGAAGGAAUAUGGUAUGGGUGAUGAGGCCACAAUCAAGGAAAUAAUCACAGAGGUGGACACUGACAAUGAUGGUAGGAUCAAUUAUGAGGAGUUCUGUGCUAUGAUGAGAAGUGGAACCACACAACCGCAACAAAGGCUUUUCUAGUGCAUUGACGGAAAUACUCAUGCGACAAGCACAAAAUGUUCACCAGUCAGCACGAUGGAGAGGCGUCUACCAUGAGACAAUCACUUUAGAAAAGGGAGAUGAAGUAUAGGUGAUGUACUAGGUAUUUCUUCAAUCCUUCAACUAUCUUCAGGAAGCACUGGAUUAAAGGAGGCACUUUCGUGUAGGUUGAGUUCGCGCGGAGAAUGUGUGCGUAGUAGUUAAUGGCAUAUUUUGAGUUUCCUUUGAUGUACGCGAUCCCCUUGUAAUUUUGUGUGGAUCGUAUUGUCAUGUUGACCCUGUCUAUAGAUUACAAAAUAAGACAACCUGAAACUAGCUCUAUGCUUGAAAAAAGAGAGGAUUUUUGUUGGCCUUGAUGC